AUGGGUACACCGGUAAGGCGCAGCCGGAGGCUGGAAGGCCUAAAUCCUGAACCCCCGGAGAGCCCCACGUCAGUUUUGCGGGCGCGACGGGCUCUUGUGGAGUUCAAGUCGAACCCAGAGGUAACGAAGGAGCCCGGUUCCCCUCCAAGUCCUCCCAGGCAACUCGGCCUGGAAUCCCCGGGGCGUCAGGCGGAAGCAAGCCCUGGAUCGCCCGGUCUCCGGCAGGAUGUAGUACUGGGGUCUCCCCGAAAACAGUCAGAGUCGGACCCAGGGUCCUCCCAGCAUCAGCAAAAUCCAAGCCUGGAGUCACCCCGAAGUCAGCCGGAGUCGAUCCCUGAUUCCUCCCUAUGCCAGCCAAAGCCAAGUGAGGAGCCUCCGAAGUUCUCCCAGGACCCUGGAACGAAGGCACCAAAGACCUUCCCGAGCCAGGCUGGAGCCGGCUCGGAGUGGACCCAGAAUAAGGAGGAAGUGGCACCGGGAUCUCCCCAACAUCACCUGCAGCCGGGCCCAGGAUCACCAGAGCCAUCCCACGGCCAGCAAGCGACGGGUCCGGAACCCUCGCAGCCGUUGCAGGAGCUGAAACUCCAGUCACCCAGCUCCCCCCGGAGUCACCUGGAGCCGGGCAAGCCAACCCCAGCUGAAGAGACGGUGGUACCAGGCGUUGUCAGGGCAAAGAAGCGGAAGGGUUCUUCAUCCCAGACCCCAGCUUCCAAAGCGCUGAAGAAGGAGGCUGAAGAGGUGCUGAUGAUCCCGAAGGGGAAGCCCAAGUCCGGCCGGGUGUGGAAGGAUCGCUCCAAGAAGAGGUUCUCACAGAUGGUUCAGGACAAACCCCUGCGCACCUCCUGGCAGCGGAAGAUGAAGGAGCGGCAGGAGCGGAAGCUGACCAAGGACUUUGCCCAGCACCUGAAAGAGGAGAAGGAGAGGCGCCGGCAGGAGAAGCAGCAGCGGCGGGCUGAGAACCUGAAACGGCGCCUGGAGAAUGAGCGGAAGGCAGAGGUGGUCCAAGUGAUCCGAAAUCCCACCAAGCUCAAGCGGGCAAAGAAGAAGCAACUCCGAGCCAUUGAGAAGCGGGACACCCUGGCCCUACUGCAGAAACAGCCACCCCAGAGGCCAGCGGUGAAGAUCUGA